AUGAAAGAACCAGACUCAGAGCCCAAAGGAGAUGAGGGGAACGGACAUGUCAGGACCUCACGCGUGUCGCAGGAUUCUCAGCAGAAGAUGGAGGAGCGAGGCCAGUGGGGAAACAAAAUGGAGUUUGUGUUGUCUGUGGCGGGAGAGAUCAUCGGCCUCGGGAACGUGUGGCGCUUCCCGUACCUGUGCUACAAGAACGGAGGAGGAGCCUUCUUCAUCCCGUACCUGAUCUUCCUCUUCGCCUGCGGGAUCCCGGUCUUCCUCCUGGAGACGGCUCUGGGGCAGUUCACCAGUGAGGGCGGCAUCACCUGCUGGAGGAAGAUCUGCCCCCUGCUGGAAGGAGUGGGUUUUGCGACGCAGGUGAUCGUGGCUCUGCUCAACGUCUAUUACAUCAUCGUUUUGGCCUGGGCCAUCUUCUACCUGUCCCACUCCUUCACCUGGGACCUGCCCUGGGCCUCCUGCAACAACACAUGGAACACAAACUCGUGUGUGGAGUUUCAGAGAGGGAACGGCUCCAUCUCCCACAUCAACGCCACGUCUCCGGUCAUCGAGUUCUGGGAGCGCAGGGUGCUGCGUCUCUCCUCAGGCCUUCACCACAUCGGCUCUCUGAACUGGGACCUGGUGCUGUGUUUACUGGUGGCCUGGAUCAUCUGCUACUUCUGCAUCUGGAAAGGAGUCAAGUCCUCAGGGAAGGUGGUGUACUUCACGGCCACAUUCCCGUACCUGAUGCUGGUGGUUCUGCUGAUCCGAGGCGUCACGCUGCCAGGAGCCAGUCGAGGGAUCUACUUCUACCUGUAUCCAGACCUCAGCCGGCUCUCAGACCCCCAGGUGUGGAUGGACGCCGGAACUCAGAUCUUCUUUUCCUUCGCCAUCUGUCUGGGCUGCCUCACUGCCCUCGGGAGCUACAACAAAUACAACAACAACUGCUACAGGGACAGCUUGUGUCUGUGCUUCAUGAACAGUGCCACCAGCUUCAUGGCCGGGUUCGCCAUCUUCUCCAUCCUCGGCUUCAUGUCGUACGAACAGAACGUCCCCAUCUCAGAAGUGGCUGAAUCAGGCCCUGGUCUGGUGUUCAUAGCGUACCCUCGAGCCGUGUCCAUGAUGCCCUUCUCUCCGCUGUGGGCCUGCUUCUUCUUCAUCAUGAUCGUGUUCCUGGGUUUGGACAGUCAGUUUGUGUGCGUGGAGAGCCUGGUCACGGCGAUGGUGGACAUGUACCCGUCUGUGUUCCGCCGUAAGAACCGCAGGGAGUUGUUCAUUCUGUUCAUCUCGGUGGUGUCCUUCUUCAUGGGCCUCAUCAUGCUCACGGAGGGCGGCCUGUACGUCUUCCAGCUGUUCGACUACUACGCGGCGAGUGGGAUGUGCCUCCUGUUCGUGUCCAUCUUUGAAACCGUGUGCGUGGCUUGGAUUUACGGCGCUGAUCGUUUCUAUGACAACAUCGAGGACAUGAUCGGGUAUCGUCCUGGUCCCAUCAUGAAAUACUGCUGGUUAUUCUUCACACCCGCCACAUGCCUGGGGACGUUUGCCUUCGCUCUGAUAAAGUACACGCCUCUGAAGUACAACGGCGUGUACGAGUACCCGUGGUGGGGGUACGGCAUCGGCUGGGUCCUGGCCCUGUCCUCCAUGUCCUGCAUCCCGCUCUGGGCCCUGUUCAAACUCUGCACCACGCCUGGGACGCUCAGGGAGCGUCUUGUCCGGUUGACCACGCCUUCUGCAGACUUACCCAAGACCCGUCAGGAGCAGGAGAGGCUGCUGUCCACGUUCAGAGCAGAGGGCGCCACACAGACUGCACCUGUGGAGAAGGACCACACAGAGACCAACUGCUGA